AUGGAUGGCAUUAUUAGCAUUAUUGGAACUAUUAUUUCAUUAGGUCAAGAGAUCAAUACCCGUUUUGAGAAGCGUGGAGAAGCCAUUGGAGAACUCAAGAAAUUGGAAAGAAUUCUAGUACAGCUUAAGAGUGUUUUGGAAAAAAUUAAUAAGGAACCUGAUAAAGCUAAUAAAGCUGACAAGGAUGAAGUUGAAAAUGUUUAUAUAAUUGGCAUCAAAGAUACCCUUGUGAAAGCCCAAGACACUUAUUUGAAAUGCGCAAAAGAUCUUGGCAUAAAUGAAGAUACCGGUAAAAGCAAGUUUAAAUUUAUAAAGCAGGGUAUAGGAAUACUUAAAUCACCCUCUAUCUUGGAAAACAUCCAAGCCAUAAUUAAAGAGAUUGAGGUGGAACUUAGCCUUACCGAGAAGUUCUUGAGUAUUGUACAACACACUCAAACUUUAACAACAACAGAAACCACUACAUCCACUAGCUCUCUAGGAUCAGAACUGAAAGGUGCUUUGGCAAAUACGAUUGAAGAAAUUGUGAAAAGACUUCAAAAUGACUGUCAGCAACUUAAGGAGAGGCUUGAUCGCUGUACCCUUCCUGUUGACUCUUCUUUCCUUGAUGUCCUUGGAAGAGACAAUCCGGAAGCAAUUGCAUUCUGGAAACAACGCUUCAGAUCUGCUGAACUCAGUAUAGCAUCUAUUAUUCCCUACGAGAAUAUAUAUGUCUCCUGGGCUCGGUUUGUCCAUGAAAUCGAAACAGCCUUUCAGUUAAAGAAUAUCCCGACUGCCAUCAUGACAUUCAAUGAAAGCGAUGAAAUACGAAAAAAUGGUAGCAGAUAUCUUAUUAAAUCAAAUGGAACGCUUGAUUUGAAAAACACUAGACCACUUUGGCUUCCAGCUCUACGCGAAGCACUGGAUCCAUUGCACAAAGGUUACGUUAAACCACAUGACUAUUUGUCUUUCCUUGGUGAAGAACAAUUAUCUAGCAAGUUAAGACAGGUUGUUCUCAAUAGUUGUGGGUACGGAUUUUUUGUAGAAUGCCGGAAAACAUCAAGUGACAUCCCGCUCCCAACUGAAUUAGAAUGUCCUGCUCAUAGCGUUGGUUGGAUGUCUGCCUGCCAAAUCGUUUCAGUACCAUCAUUGGAUGAACUUGGAAUAUUCUUACAAAAUGAAUCAAAUCUAGACAGUAUCAUUAAACACAUCAUCGAAUAUCCUGACAUACGGGUAUACGUUCGCUACCUUCAAACUGGACAAAUUGAGAAAAAACUUCUCACGGAUAUACGAAUACUCGGUGGACUCCGUAUUGGAAUUUCAAUAUCUAUCAGAUACACAUUAGAAAAUAAUUCAAAGGUUUGGAGUAGUGACUUUUCGGUUAUAGAACUUAAAGCUUGUUCUGGUGGGCGUUAUAUUGUAACAGCUAGAUCAGAUGCGAAAACCAUCGUAUUUGUGACAAUGCCGCCAGUUGGCUUUGGUCAUUUUGCAAUACAGACCGAUCAACAUGAAGAUUUAAAAGACUUACCAGAACUUGAAUAUAGCCUUUUGGGACCUUCAACAGUAUUUAGACAAAAACCUAAAGAUGGAGAGAAAAUUCAGGUCAAUGUAGAUGGGUUAUGGCAUGAUGUUAAAGUUACCAAAGUCGACGAUAAAGAUGUGGAAUAUGUGAAUUGGUCUUCGGCUGACGUUAUUCCUGUAGAAGAUACCGAAAACAUUGAUGAUUUGGAGGACGUGAUUGGUUUUUCAGAGCAAAACUUUACAGAACUUGAAAGAGGUGAAAAAAGAAGCUGGUGUCCAUGGAAAGACGACAACGAUGAAGGUGUAACAAAGUGGGACAUUAGACCUUAUCGCUGCCUCCACGUUGGUGAUCUUGUAGAAGCGCCUGUGGUAUAUCCAGAUUAUAAGUAUCGUUACCAUAGUCUCGAGGACUCGCAAUUAUAUCUUCCAGCUCGUAUCAUUGAAGUUGAGGGAGAUCAAUAUCUAGUCGAGUUCAGCCCCGCGUUCAUUGCUUACAAAUGGUGGCCUGGCCGUUCUUCAAAUCCGGACAAAUUUCCGCGCGAACCGGAAGCCAAAGAGACUGUCAAAAAUCCAUUUUUCAAUAAAACACAAGUCUGGGUGAACAUGGAUCGGGUUCGCCCAUGUGGAGCUGACCCGCAUCCUGUUUUGAGUAUAUCGUCGAUGAGACCACACAGCUGGUCGGUAUUUCAAGGAAUCCAAUUUACGGACCUGCAACAACUUAGCGAAAAGAUUUUGUGGAGGCAAUAA